CUCGAGUGUCAUGACAACGACUGGACGGAGCUACGAAGCCUGCUCCAGCCGUACGUCGAUCAAAUAUCGUCGCUGUCUCUUGGGUUUUUCUCCGGCGCCGGCGCCUUGGCGGUGGCGGACUUCCGUGGACUUGAGGAGCUGGUUAUAUACACGGACGGUUCUGACCCUAUACUAUCUGUCGCUCACUCUAUCGCGCAAUUGCCGCCCAGCAUGCGCAGUGUGAAGUUAAUGGACCUGUGGUUUAACCUCAAGUUGUUAUCUGGCUUGAAUCCUCUCGCGUGGGCCGGUCUCACAAACCUUGAGAUUGUGGUAGACGGACUAGAUUCCUUCCCCCGCUUACUCCGCUUGUGUCCAAACCUAUCGUCCUUGACGAUGAUUGGAAUAUUCACGGCAAUCGAAACCUCGGAACUACUCACGCACGCCAAUCUUCAAUCCCUGCGCAUCUCCGGGCAUUUGCAUCUGGAAUCGAUCGGAAAUCUUGGGCUAUUCGACGCCAUCACACUCCCCAAUCUACGCGCGCUCGAAGUCCGCAAUAUAGGACAGUGGCCUCAUGAAGAAUUCAAGGCAUUUUUGAUACGGUCACAGUGUCCCCUGGAGACUCUGAUCUUCGGCGGUGGAGUGAUGACAACGGAUCAGUGGCUAGCAGAAUAUGUUACCCUUUUUCCUUCCCUCGAAUUGGUAGUAGAUCCUAUGCGUUCAACGUUUUACUUUUAACUUAGAUAGAGAGUCGUUACUAUGUACAUAUGUCAAGAAAUGAUGACAUUGGGCUUAUGCUAUAGCCUAGACUUA